AUGAUUCUCUCGAGAUGCUCCAGUCUAAACCAGAGAUGACGGUCAACAUUGCAGUGGCUUCCGGUGUCCUUCUCAAGGAGGAGAGCAGCAGCUCAGAGAGACUCGGUCCUGCCUUCCCUUUUGUCAAGGCUCUGAAGGCAGUGAAUGCUAAGCUGAAAGAGAACUACCCUGAGAGUGAGGAGCUGUUCAAAGUCAUGCUCCUGGACGAAAAACCAUCAGAUUCACUAAAGAAUGCCAUCAGAACCCAUGAGCUGGAAGAACUCAUUACUGUCUUGAAUGUGAGAGAAGAUCUUGUUGGUGAAUUAAGGAGGAUGAACACUGCCCUGUACCUGUCUGACUCAGAAGUUUUGGUUAAAAAAGUGCUGGACCAAGGAAUAGCUGCUGCAUUCAUGCCCACUCCAAAAGAAAUAAAAGAAGUAUCGGAGGAUCAGCUGCGUGUCGCCUUUGACGGUGAUUCUGUGCUCUUCUCGAAUGAAUCUGAACGUGUUUUCCAAGACGCUGGAUUGACAGGAUACUUACAGCACGAGAGAAACAAUGUUGAAAAACUCAUGAACCCGGGGCCACUCUGUUCGUUCCUGGAGGUCUUGGAGAAGCUGAAGAAGAAGCUGCACGAUAAGGGUCUGUUGAAGAACUGCCCUAUUCGCACCUUUCUGGUGACAGCUCGUGGUGCAGGCUGUGACGGCUACAGAGCUUUAAACUCCCUGCACUCCUGGGAUCUCGAGGUUGACGAGGCUUUUUUCCUGGGCUCGAGACCAAAAGGUCCCAUUCUGGACAUCAUCAGGCCCCAUCUCUUCUUUGACGAUCAGCCGCGUCAUAUUCAGGCUGCUUUGGAGGUCGGUGCAGUUGCAUGCCAUGUGCCAAAUGACCCAAAAUGCUGAUCAGGCAGGUUAUAAGAUCCAACAAGUGACGAUGCUGCCUUCAAUACAUCGAAAAAAUGCCAAGUACACCUGCAUGUCUCAGUCAUGUAUUUAUAAAUA